AUGAAUGGAGAAUUAUACCAAGUAAAAUGAUACAAGCUCAGACGAGGAAUGUAGAAGAAAUUAAAUUUUAAAUUAAGUUUAAUUGUUAUAAACAAGCUAAAUAAUCUUUAGAAAUAUAGAAAAUAAUUUGAUUGUAAUGAAUUGAAACUAUGUUUGAAAAUAUAAAAUAAUUAAAUUACUAAUUCAAUUGUUAUACAUAAAUAGUUAAAAUUAUUAACUAUUAAAAUAUAUAAAAAUAUCAUAAAAAUGCAAACAAAGUUUCACUUUGCAAAAAAUAUACAGUUAUAGACUCAUUAGAGUCUGAUUACUCAGAGUAGACUCAUUUACAGAGGGCAGCAUAGGUAUAAAUAUAACUCACAACUCACAAGUGGGUUGGGCAUUGAGGGUAAUUCUUUUAUACAUUGUGAGAAUCAUAUAUUAAAAUAAAUUUUUUUCCUUCAUCAAAAUUAUUGAAUAUAAUUUAAUGAGAAGAUGAUAAAGCAAUUAUAUUUAUUUUUAUUUAGUUUAUAUUUUACAUGUCAAGGUAAGCUUCAGCGAUUUGUAAAUGUAUAAAUGCAAUCACUUGUUAUCUAGAUAUAUACAAAAUUCUGUUUUUAAUUUUCUAUUUAAAAGAGAGGAACUUUAUUUAAAAUUUUCUCUAAGUUAAAAAGUGAAUGUAAUAAAAGAUACAUAUUGUUAAAAUAAAUAAAAAAAUAAGUAGUUAAACAAAAAAUAAAUAGUUAAAAAAAAUACUUUGCAUUAUGUAAAUGCAAUUUGAUGUAUCUUUAUUCAAUAUAAAAUUCAAUAUAAAAAUUUUUUAGUUAUCCAUUCCAUCCAAGGAUCUUGUCAAAUUCCGUUAGUUGUUAGAGGAUCUUGGUUCUCUUGGGAAAAUGGGAGAAAUACAUUAACAGAAGUAAAUGCUGAAACAAUGACUGAUCGUGGCAAAUGUGUUGAUAUGGUAGAAGAAUAUCAUGUUAAUUAUACAUUUGUGUUUCAAAAUGAAGCAUGUUACCACUGUGUUAAAUUAAUUGUUAGAACUGUGAAUGUAUUAGAGAAACUUGAAGCGUAUUGUGUGAAUUUGCCCGUUGACAUUGAGCCAAAUGUGGAAAAUGUAUGUAAAGGUUUACGUCCUGAUCAGCAAUUAAUAACAUUAUUUUCCGAAAAUUAUGUUCCCGUAAAUUGCAGAUCUUCUCUUGAAGGUGUUUGGCAAUUUGCUUAUCAGAAUCGAUUUAGAUUUACAGGAGAAUGCAAUCACCCUGAUGCACAAAUUAGAUCGUGUCAGACUGCAGGAACACAAUUUUUAAUAACUAAUCAAAAAUUCAAUAUAACAUACAAACAAUGCGCUGGCAUGAAGAAUACCUUUGAGGGAGUCGUGGAAUAUAGUUGUUUGGGAGAUUGGUUUGUAGAUAAGAAUCAUUUUUUCGCUGUUGCAAAUACGAAAGAAUCUAGAAAAGACGAAAAAUACCGAUGUUUUCUGAAGAAUCGUGAUGACGACCUCUUUAUUGGUGUAUCUAUUACUGCAGAAUGUAACACAUUGAAGACAGUUGAAAAGAGUCCAGAACGUUUAAGAGUAACACCUGUUAAAGCAGAAGUAGUAGAGCCAGGAUGCAGAUUACCAGAAGAUAUGAGUGGACAAUGGAUAAAUACUGCUAAUAUCGAUGCAGAUAUUUUUAUCAAUGAAACGCAUAUAAUUGAAACUUGGUACCCGGAUGAAGGUCGUUAUAGACGUACGAUUUAUGUUUGUCGCGAAUCGAGAGAUACCAGAGUGAUGAUGGCUAGAUUAACUGUUGAUGGAUGGUAUAGACUUUUUAUCCAAAAGGAUUAUGUAUGUUUUGAUUUUGUACCUCGGCAUCAUGAGAUUAUCAGAUAUCGACGUGGUGUCGCCGUUAUCAAAGAUGAUUUUCACACAGUCUGUUCUUGGGUUCAGUUUCCUAACAAGGAAGCUUGGAAAUAUGAUCUGUUACUAGCUAAGAUUCCCGCUCCAGUACGCUGUCCAGUGGCUGGCAAAUACAUGUUUACUCAAAAAGGAGAUGUUUUAUUUGAAACCAGAAUUUUGGGAGGUGUUACAAAAUCUCCACGUCCAAAUAUUUAUUGCAAACAAAACAUUUCGGACUUCUCUGUAUGCGAUACUGAUCAAAAGGAAAUUGCUAUUGAUGAAACCUAUUGUUUAUCAGUAGAUCAUUUAGGAAGACCUGUAGAUAUUUAUAGUUUACCGGAUUACAAAAUGAAAUGUAUUGGAUUUUGGAAGGAAAAUCUAAAGUCAUAUUUAAUAACCUAUGAUGAAUUAGAUCCUUUCAGUAAAUAUCGUUGUUGGGUAUAUCAAAGAGCAGAUUUAAAUAAAGUUCUUAUGUCUCAGGCUAUUGGACCAUUCUGUGAUCUUAAACAAGAUGUUACGAGCAGUAAUUAUACAGAAGGUGCAGCCGUUGCGUUAGAGUUACAGGAAUAUGAAAGAGAACGUGAUCAAUGUCCCAUGUAUUUCGAUGAUGGAAGUAAUCCUUGGAUCGUAACUGAAAAUUAUAUAAAUAUAUUCCAUUAUCCUAAUGGAAGUAUGAAAACCUCGUUUUUAAAUCCGGCCUUAUUUUUAAUAAUUGGUAUAGUUUAUAUAUUGUUGAUCGAAACAUAG